AUGCCGAGGAGAGAUGUCCUGCACAUCCUCGUGGAUCCUGUCUCGGUCUCUGGGGAGAGGUUAGUGAAGAUGAAGGGCAGUGUGAGAAGCGAUGCUCGUUUGACAGCAGGAGCAGGUGAGAAUAAUUCACAGCUUUUAUCACUGCAAGACAAGGAAGUGAUGAUGGAUGAGGCUCGCUGGGCUUUUCGACACAAAUAUGUUACUGUAUCCUUAUUCCCUCCGGGCUGAUCAAAAUAAACAAAACAAGUGCUCGACGGAAAUUUCAAACUAAUUAAUUACGCUCCCAAGGCCCUGAUGUGGCAUGCAAAAUGUAGAUUUAAUUAAGAGCCGGAGCUGCAAGGUUUCUCUUAUGAUUGUAAUUGGAUAACUCAUUCCUCAGGAAAUUUCAGAAUGCUCUGACCGCCAGACCUAAAGGCUGUAACUAAAGUUCAUCAUGGGGAGGAUUUUGAGGUUAUUUAGGGUCUGGUUUCUUUGGAAAAAAGUAUUUCAUUGAGUUAAUAGGAACAGUUUCAAAGAGAUUUGUGAACAUUUACAAUAAAGACAGUUUACACUGAUCAAACUUUUGAAUGAAAACUGGAGAACAUCACCUGUCCUUGUGAUUUUCAUUUCGUCAAAGGUUGGAAAGUAGAGAAACACUGUCAAACCCAUUUCUAUAUCCAACAACUUAGUCAUCUCUGAUUGCAGGAGGUACUCAUUUUCUCUCAUGGGGCACUGACACCAAGCACGAGUACAAUCAUCUACUCACUUAAUUUGCGCAAAUAUGGAAGCGAGAAUGAAUAGUAUUUACUCGCUUCAUUCACAUGUCAAAGCCAUUUAUGCUAAUUUCAACAGUAAUCCCUGCCAAUUCAACUGGUGCGAUCAAAUGAUGGACAGGAGUUUUUUACAAUUUACCAGGUAAUCCGACUCCCUCCUCACUUGCCUCCUGGCGAGCUCCUUUUUAUUCCGGUUUUGGUAAUUAAAAGAAAAAGCAUCAUACAAUUCGUGGCACCCACACACCGACCCAGUCAGUUUGUCAUCCAUUUUAGAUACCAGUGAACAACCGUCCGUUUUCAAACGUCACCCAGGAACCUUCGUGCUGAUUAGUUAAUCCCGACACAAAUAUCCGCUCAAGUUGAGACAUUUUCAGUUCCCACCCAAUUUGCGUCAUUCGCGCCGCCAGGGUAGAACGAGCGUCUAAUUGCGUCUUUGCAUUGACUUAACAUGUAAUUUAGUCGCAUGGAUGAUUUUACUUGUGUUUGGUGUGUGGAGACAGUUCGAGCUGAAACGUUCCUCAACAGGCCCUCUGUAGUGACAACCCAGAGGAACCUACAGGGGGAGGGAGCUCGGGAACUCCCAGAGAAGCCUGUAGUCAGCGGCUUAAAUGGGACAUAAUGAUUCAAAGUAAAUGAUCUCAUCCUAAAGAAUUUUUUCCACUGACCCUUAAAGUAGAGAGGGUGUUUCUUUACUGUUAAAUUUAUUAGAGCCUGAAACACUCUUUAUCAUUACAUUAUUCAGAGGGUUCAGGUGGAAUCAAUUCAGGUGGUCCAAAUCCUUAAGUCUGAGUCAUUGAGGUCCGGCUGAGUCAUCAGCCUUCAAAAGUAAGACUCGGGUUCAAGUCCUGGACUUAAGUACCACAGCACAGGUACUUUGUAUGUAUCACAUCAGUCCGACUCCUCUAAUCAUGUAUUAAGAGAGUCAAGGACAGAAAAGCUGUGAAGUUAUUGAGCACCAUCAAUACUCAUCUUUUCUUUAAAUUGCCGUGAAUAUUUCCCGACUGUGGCAUCUCAAGUUCAGCUUCAAUAAGUAAGUACUUGCUGAUCAUACUGCAUGAGCUGUCUUAGUUGAUCUCAGACUGCCAUGAGUAGACAAAAGACGUCAUAGAAACGACUGUACGAACUGGACUUGCAGAAGAAGAAGGAUGAUGGAAGGAGAAACUGAGGCUGUGGCCUGCAGCCAAAAACCCGACUGUCUGUAAAGAUGAAGGUCACGCUCUUCUUCAGUCUCAGAUCCAGACGAAUGAAAGGCUCUGAGAAAGCUCAAGAGGGAGAGGUCUACCUUUGAGUUGACUGUUACAGCUCUGCUAGCUGUCAGGUGACAAUUAUCACAGAGGGACUGAUGGGCUGAAUACGACACAAGGUUCCCCCCGUGAUACGUCUGUUCAGUGAUUCGAAACAAGCUCAGAGAGGCUCAUUGGACAGUUAACACAAGACCCUUCUUCUGAGGCCUUGUCUUAUCCUGUCGGGAUACUCUUACUUCAAACAACAACCUCUAUGAUAGUAUUAACCCACAUACAAUCUGACAUAAGUCAGAUUGUAUAAAGAUAGAAGCAAAGUGACACUAAGUUUGAUUUUGGGAGGGUUUUAUUGAUUAGGAAUUGAUGCUUGGUUGCACUUCCAUGGCAACAGAGUUUUCAGCCUGUUCUUAUGGGUAGAUUUAACAUUAAACACAAAAUUUUCAUUUACAUUUACGUUUCAAACAUUAGCCUGCUUUACUGUAACAUAUCACGCUGACCUUGUUAUCUUUAUGCCUGUUUUCUUCAAUUUGAUAGAUGUCUUUUUGACUCUUUUCCGUCUGUGUUCAGGCAGUGUUUCUCUGCAUUUCUUGCUGUAUCUUGUUCAAAAUCUCUUCAAAAUCCUCCUUAAUGUAAUUUACCAAAAGUUUAAUUUUUGCCACAUUAUCAACAGGAAAAGGUGAAAUUAUAAACUCAGUAAAUGUGCAGUGCUCCUCUCUGUGGUUUAUUUGAUAUUUGUUACAGGUGCGAUCUGGUUGCUCUUGCUAUUCUUAAUCAAUAAAAAUUAGUUUUAGGGUUUUAGCCAAUCAGAAUCAAGUAUUUAACCUAGCUGUAUGAUUCGCAAAAAAGCCAGGAAGUAAACUGGGAAUAAUUUUCUGAACUUUUGCAAAAUUCUGUGUAAAUUUCCAGAGAAAGCCUCCUGAUAGAAUUUCAUAUUUUAUGCUGGUCAACCCUGUAUGACUGUUUUAAUUUUGACAUAACAGCAAAAUAAAACAUUUUUUGUGUGUUUUGUCUUCUUCACAAUGAUGUUUUGCAAAAAAAAAAAAAAAGCUGGUGACAUUAGACAAUAGCUUGUUAGCAGAACUUUUUAGCAAUAAAUAUCUGACAAGCGUGAGACUUUUCACAGCAUCAGGGGAACAUUUACUCUGCAGACGAAGUUCCAUGAGGUGCUAUUUUUCACUCAGAUCUACACAUUAGUUUAACAUGCAGGAGUGGGAAGUGUUUGUAUCAGUGCGAUAACAGUAUCUGCUGAGCCCAGCUGCAGGCACAUUACUCCCACUGCUGAAAACAAACUUGUUUUCUCAAGAACAACAUGUACUGCAGCAAAGCUUUGCCACAAGUGGAAACAAGAGCCGUAGUUGGUGAGAAAUCGUCAAAUAGCCAUUAAUCAAUGUCAGAGUCGUAACAUUGAAAUCUCUAAAAUCUCAGCUCUCCUUUCAUAUUUGAGAGGGACUGUGAAGGUUCAGCUUGGUGGUGGUAGAUUUUCCCUCACAAAGGGCUUAGAUCUUGACAAAUAAUGGUUUAUACACACUGUCGAAAUGGCUAAAAUGUCAUGAAAUUUUGCCUCCCAUUUAUGGAUCCCAAUGGCUUUGGCAGCCAUAACAGCGCACUCUGCCACGUUUGGUUUGAGUAUAAAGUCCUUUUACAGCUAAAACAUUUCCGAAAGCUCAGUCUGAUCAGGAGAAAAGUUCCCAUUUGAUGAACUGUGAUAAAUGACUCUUCAUCUUGAGCUGUCGUGUUGUACGACAUCUCUUUAUAUACUGUUACAGACAAAUGACACAGCAUUUUUUAAAGUUAUGAAGAGGCAUUUUUUUCUAGUGGAGUUUUAUGAUGAGGAGGCUGGUCAGCUCAACCUCUUAAUCGAGUAACUUGACCCAGAACCAGCACAGAAGCUAAGCUAUCAAUUGCUUCAUACGGGGUUAACUCUACCACAUAAUUAACUCAAACAUAAAGUCGAUGGAGUGAUUCAUUUUUCACUUACUUCACCAUCAGGGAGCCGCAGUUCAACACCUCUAAUGUUGAAUAGUUUCAGAUUAUAUGUUCCUCCUGUGGUGCCAUAAUUAGCUUUUCUAUGUAGGACUUUUGGCCAGUAUUCUGAUUGACAUAUUAUAUUUAAUGAGAGCUGAAAUAACUUACUGAUCAUUUUCAGUGCUUCAGGGCUUCUGAGAACUGUGGAUGGAUAAAACUUGAUUAAAGGGAUAUUCCGGCGUAAAUUUAAGUUAGGGUCAAACACACCGUAACACUGAGUUAGACAUCCCCUCGAGAGAUGAAUGUUGCUUCUCUAGUUAUACCAACAUCAGCAACAACCGCACGAUAGCAAUACACAGCUGUCCACGUCUCAACGCACAAACCCCAACUAGAUUACCAGGUGUAGUGGAGUUUCGCAGCUCAUGGAAGAACAUUUAUGAUUAUUACUUCAUGAAAAUGUAAUCAGACCAAGACGCUAAGGCAGAAGAACUACUGCAUCUGCAGUGCAAAGUAAUUAUGAUGAUUAUGACUUCAUGGAAAUGAUCCGCUGCACUCGGUGAUCGACUCCUCAGAGCUACCCAACAAACAAGCGGCUGCUGGAAGAGAGUAGGUGAGUUGUAUUUGGUCUCUUUGCUAAAGAAAUCAGGCAAAGCUAAAAAGAUGUUUGAUGGCUAGUACUAUGGCUGGGACCCUAUAAGUACAGUUGAUGAAGUUAGGUGCUGUUCUGAGCAUUAUUUGUGGCUUUUUGGUCGAGGUUUGAUCAUGGAGACGUAGACCGCUGUGUAUUGCUAUCAUAUGGUCAUUACUAAAGUUGGUAUAACUAGAGAAGCAAGCAGUCGGCAACAUUCAUCUCUUGAGGGGGUGUCUAACUCAGUGUUACGGUUUGUCCGAGCAUAACUUAUAUUUACUCCGGAAUAUCUCUUUAAAGGUCUAGUGCGUAGUUUUUACUGCCUCUCAGUAGAACACACUCAAAUGGAACAGAAUAUCUCUUAAGUAUGUUUAAAUUGGUGUAAAAUCAUCUGAGCAUACAAACUAUUUUGUUUUGAGACUUUAAUAUCUUCUGAGGGGAUGGACCCCUCAAUCCCUGAGACAGACCAACUCAAUGUGACAUGUGGCUCCAUGUCUGUCCUGCUGCCUUGUCCUGGAACAAACUGAUCCAGACAAGAUGACAGGGACAAAGUUUCUGAUGGGCAGCCCCAGAGUGUGACAUACAAGAAUCGAAGUACUACCAGGAUAUGAAGGGGAUGAAAUAGACACUCAGAUGCAAUAAAAGUCAAGGGAACAGCCUGUAUUUGAUCAUAUCACACACCUGCAAAUCUGCAAUCAUUCACAGAACACUUUUCUGUUUGAAGCAAGCCUUGGUGUAAUGGCUUCCUGAAUAGCUGAAUUCAAAAUAGUCAAUGACCUAUGAGAGGACCUGGUAGAUUUUUUUACUGCAGGUGCGUCACCACAGGCAGAAACAAACCUUAAACGACCAAUCGACUAUUUCUAAGGAAUAGAAAUUUCUGAGAAAAAAAAACAACUACAAGGCUUCAAAUCACUCUGCAAGUUUGUCUGACUGUGCCCAUUAAACAUGUGAAGGAAGAGGUGAUAUUUCAAGUACAACUGAGCUUUAUUUGACAAAAAAUGGAAAAACAGUCAGAGCUUUGAUUCAGAGAUGAAAGUGGAUGGUCUGUUUGGUCCCACUGGAUAUCAGGAGCUGUGUGGAUAAAUUUUCUCACCACAGAGGCAAUAGUAAAAACUUAAACAUCAAAAACAUGGAAAUAAUGGAUGGUGAAUCCCUGUGGAGUUGAAUGAGAGCAGGUGUUUUUGGUCUUUUGAUGUGGCACUUUUCUUGUUUUUCCCUUCUGGAAAUUAACUGUAUAGCCAAGAGGAUUUGGGUUUAAUUUUUGUUUUGGUUUAUCCUCAUUGUGCCCUUCUUUGUGGAGUCUUUUCCCCUCAUUUAAUCACAUAUGUCCUUUAACCAAAUCUGAUCAAAUACAUAUGUCCAGACUGAUUAUUUCUUCCUCCUCACUCUCCUCUGCAUUUAAUACCAUCAAUCUGUCCCAUGGUGUCCCCCAGGGUUCAAUGCUUGGUCCUCUCUUAUUCUAAAAUCAUGCACAGUUACGGUCUUCACUUUUACUGUUAUGCUGAUGAUGCACAAAUUUAUGUUUCCACCGAAUCUACCACAUUCUCCACCUACAGUAGUACUGAACAACUUCCUUCGGCUGAAUCGUGACAACUUCGACUCCAUCAUCAUCACGGGCUCUGAAUCCUUCACUGAAACCACCUACAACCUCCACAUCACUAUUCACAACAUCACUUUGCCCCCCUCACUCCACAUUCACAACCUUGGUAUUAGUUUAGACAGCAGACUCACAUUCAUACAUCAUGUUACCUUGAAGCUUUCAUUAGAUAUGUAAAAGUCAGGUGUGACGAUAGAGGGUGUCUGUUACCUUGUUUAAAGAGCUUAAAUCACUGAUACACCUAUUUAAAGCUGUUUCCUUUUUUUGCACUGACAGCUUUGCACCUCAUUAUUAUUUUUACAAUUAGCCAAGAGUUUUUAAAGACAAUGUUCACUGUUGAGAUAAGACCAGAUUAUUCCAAUUUACUACACACCUAAGAGAGACAAUCGGAGGCAAAUUGCCAUUUCACACUUGAGCCUCUCCAGACUGUAUUUAUUGGAAUGUAACAGAAAAAAAAAAAAAAAAGCUAAUUUCUUCCAGUAGAGCUAAUUGCGCUCAGAUAAGUGCUGCCUGUUCAUGCAGAAAUGUUUAUGUUGAUGAUAAUUGUUGUCUGUCCUAUUUACAUCAGUCUAAUUAUGGUGGAUUGCUGGAUUGCCACUUGAACUAUGAAGGGCAUGCUCAUAACAUUCGGGUAUCAAACUGCCAUGCAUACUGAUCGUGCUGAAGGGCCCAUUUAAAGGGGGGGAGGGUGUUAUUUUGUCUUUGCUAAUGCCUGUGUAUUUGCUAAGGUCAGCAAAAAGGUGAAAAUAAUAACAGACUUACAUUUACAUUUUUCUCAUUGAAACUCUGGGUAGGACCAAAUUUGAGAAGUUCCCAAGCACCCCUUUAUGAAUAAAUGCUCUUAAACACAGUGCUGGGUCCAAAUGCAUUAAUGAAGGUGCAUGAAUCUGACCCCAGUUUGAUGUAAAAUUUACAGCAGCUGUUCACACCUUUGCAAAGCUGACAAAUGCAAAAAUGGACAUAUUUAAAGCUCUAUUGACAUGCCACUAAGAAAAAAAAGGGAAUUCAAAUGAAGGACCUACAAUUGGUCAAACAUGACAUCAAUUAUCACCUCUCUAUCUGUGUACUUUCACAAGUUAUGACACAGAGGGUUCACCAUAGACUGUAUAGACCAUGGACAACUUAGCCUUCUGCCCUCUGUCAUUAUACGAAUUUGAAGCCAAAUUGCUCUCGGUAUUUCCAGGAUUCCACCACUUGCGCAGCAGCAUUGUACGCAUUUGCAGGACAGUUGCAAUGACGUUCAGCUCAAAUACUGUAUCCCUGGGUGAGCUACGCAAUCUUCGUACACCCCUAAUUAAUUUCUAAAGUUUGUCUGGAUUGGAGGAUACGGGAUUUAUGACCUAUACUGCAGCUCGUCACCAGAGGGUGCUGUUCUUGCAGUGGCUUCACCCAGCGAGGAGGCAGACGGCGUCCAUUCUAUAUAGAGUCUAUAAGGGUUCACUCUCAGUUCAAUCCCCCACUCAUAAUUUAUUCCACUGUGAAGCUGUCCUGAGAAAUUGAACAGGACACCUACGGCGAAAAAAGGCACACCUCCGUCUCUUUUCAAAGGGCAGCAGAGGAGAAGUCAGGGUUAAUAUUCCUUUGAAGGUUUACUCACUUAAUGAACGGGGGCCUGAUUUAUUCCUGAAACAUCAGCUAAAAUAUGAGGGAAAUGUUCAUCUGUGAUUUUUGUAUCUGUCAGUGAUAUUUGUCCAUCACUUGAACAGUUUUUUUACUUUUGUCCCGGGCUGGUUUUGGCUUUCCUUUGACUGAUUAAGUUUUCCAUCCUACACAUCUCCCCUAAAGAUUAAUCAUUAUUUGUUGGGGUGUCAAACUGCAGCAGUGGUUAGAUUGUUAAGUAGCAAGCUAUAGUGAGCUGCAAUUUGUCUUUUUUUUUUUCUUCAUCUUCACUCUAUUGUGGUUUGAAGUGGAAGACUAUACAAAUUCACAGAAAUCUAUACCCAUUUUCGAUGUGAGGGGGUGCUCAGUGUUGUUUUUUUCUUGUGUAUAGGAGGCUCAUAUCUUAUAACACUGGUGUUUACUGCAAAUCUAGCUUGAAUGUCUUGGGUAGGUCUCAAACUCCUUUCUAGUGGCUGUCAUCUGAAAGGAGAAGCACAUUUUUUCUGAGAGUAACGAUAUGACAUUGUUCUCGAUGUUUUGUCAAGUAAUAACACUUGAGAUUUUAUUCUUUUACAACUGCAGCCUUUUUCUUGUUUAUCAGGCUGGUGGCAUUGCUACCAAACUCCACAAAAAAACCUCAGCAACAUCCAUUAUUCCUGAAACUGUCUGUGUUCUUCAUCCAGUUUGUUUUGGAGGUUGUAAGAGUUCCCUUUGUAUUGAGCAAUAAAACAACAACAAACCUGCUUUUAUUUGUGUUGUAAUUUUAUGCAAAUGUGUUUUAUUUCAACUUAACAUGAUGGGGAAGUUUUAUGAGAAACACCUAAAAAUGGUCCAGAGUAUUUUUGCGGUCAGGGACGGGUCAGAGCGGGGAAUGCAUAAGUAUCAGCCUCACAACAAAGAAGCUCAACCCCAGUAAGUACAACUUAGACACAAACAUGCAUCCAACUUUACUUUUGAAUCCUUGUUUCCAUAUCAAAAUGAAAUUUUCAGAUGACAUUUCAAAAGGAAAACGCUCUCUAUAAAGACGCCAAAUUCCCAUCACUUAAAAAACUGGAAUUCUCACUGCAAACCAGGGCUCAAAGCAUGUUGUUCCUCACUUUACAUGUGCUUGUGGCCGAAUGGGAGAAAGUCCCAAAGGAAAGCUUGAAAGUCCUGUGAAAAUGUGCCAUGCCUUAUGGCUGUAAACUUCAUUUGAGCGCAGUACAACACAGUCCAGAAAACUGUUUAUGUCGCAGCAAAAUAUUGAAUCUGAGGGAAGAUUCUCUGCAUUAGAUCUGAGUAAAAUGUAAAUAUCUGUUUUUGCCGCCUGUCUCACCCACAUGUCCCGCAGGACACUCUGAGUCUUCUUUGAAGGCCAUGCAUUGAGAAUCUGUGAGCCCACCGAGCUUCUCAUUGACAGUCAGUGCAGCUGUUCCAAUCUCAGCAAUGCAGCACAGAUGGCAUCAAAUAUACUGCUUUAAGUCAUCAUUCACUUUAAUGCUGCAGCUGCCCUGCCCGGCCUGGCCCGGGGAACGCUGCAGCUCACCUUCUCUCUGUCCGACUCUGGACUUUAAAAAGUUGCCAGGGUCCCCCCUGCUGACUCACAAUAACCUGCUCAGUAUUCUCCAGUGAGGGUAAAGGUUAGGAACGCUCACCUUCAUACUGAACAAAGGAGGGAGCGAACACAGCUAAGCGGUACUGUACGUUAUCAACUCACUGGUCAGCAGAAAUAAUGACUCAUCAAGACCUGGUGUACCCCCUUUUUCGGAGCCUCACAAUGGACGCCCUCAGAGGAAAAUCCUCCAAACUCUUUCUUUUGUCCGAACACAGAACUUCUCUAUCUUUUAUUCUGCAGUCUUGGAAGAUUUUUGCUGGCAUUGAAAAAAAUGACACAUCCUCACUUUCUUCACUUCAGACACCUUUAGAAAACUGGAUCCAUCAUCUCAAAGGAAAAUACUUCAAUCAGAGUUGACUUUUGUCCUCACAUCACGUCUAUUGUUCAGGAAAAGUGUAGUGUGCACUUUCUUACAAAGCUCUGCGAGCGGUACGAGCGCUGUACUGUACGAGGGUGUGAUAUUAGCACAGAGAGGUGGUGGUGACUCAGAGAGAUAAUCCUCACUAUGAAGUGAUGAUUCAUCUGGAUGUGGGGGCUUAAAAAGGAGAGGAUAGAGAGGCCCUGGAGGAUUUCGAACAUGAUGUAAGAAGGCAAACACACAAGCAGAAUGACUUCACUGCUUUCUAACUACUCACUGUCUGCUACUGCCAAACUACCAAUGGUGGAAAACAAUUGAACCAAGAGAUGAAUUCAAAAUUAAAGCCUUUCUUUUCAGAAUUGCACAGCCGGAGAAUAGUAUGUCUCGGCUGUUUCUUGGAUUGUACGCAGUGAGUUGCUUUGUGUCUCUGCUUUGACCACAUCAUCUCUUCUUCAGAGGAUAAACAGACCACCGUUAUCUUCCAUCUAACUGUCUCUCUGUAAUCAAAACAAAGCCACAAUUCAUUGACAAAGAUAAAAGUGAAUAACAUAGAAGAUGAGGGUUCAAUCAUUCGAGAAGGAUGGGUCCUGGGUCCCUCCCUGUAGAGGGGCUCUGGGCAUAUACCACAGUGAGGAGACCCCGGGGCAGAUCUAGAACUCACUGGAGAGAUUAUACAUCCCCACCUGGCCUGGGAACGCUUUUCUUAGGCUGCUGCCUUCAUGAGUUAAUCUCAGAUAAUGUCGCACAAUAAAGAGCUGCAGACUAAAUUUUGCUGUACCUGGUGAAAUGACAACAAAGAUAUUCUAUUCUAUUCUAAUUUGUACUUUUCUUUUCCCCACUAUUCCAUCCUGUUCCAUUCUAAUCUACUCCAUUCUAAUCUUUCAUAUAAUUUUACUUCAUGGACAGCUAGAAUACAUCAUAGCCUUGCUAGCUAAACUGUGCUCAAAUUUGACAAUUUUUAGAGCGAUUGACAGCUUCCUACACCUGCAUCAUGACCGAGCUGCUGCUGCUGCUGCUGCAUGUGCCUGGACUCACCUUGAGACUGCAAGGACAGAAAAUUGGUUGAGGGAUGAGAGCAGAGCAGCAGGUUAAAGAAAUAAGAAAUAAACCGAGGGAGCGUGUUGGGUUCUCAGAUAAGCAUCGCAACAGGACUGUGGCGAGGUGAAACGUCAGGCAGCGCAUGAAUGUAAUGAUUUCACAAAGUGUGUGCGCCUUCGUGGUGGGAGAGGUGGGAUUGGACACAGAGUCAUUUGAUGAGGAAAAGGGGGUCAGCUGAGUGAGGGGGUCUGCAAUGAUCAGAGAGGACCGGACAGGGCAGUUACUUUAAUGAUAUGCUAAUAUUUAUAAACCGCAGCUCAACGUUUGAGACUAUGUUUGACUCGUUUUGAUCUAAGUUUGUAAAAUAAGAGUACAGAUUUUUUAGUGGUUCCCUGUUUUAGGAGUAUUAAAUGUAAAAGUGGGAUAUCAGCAUGCCAAUGUGCCGUAUAUAUCAGUGAUUUUUAACCUGUGUGUGGCGGCACACUAGUGUCCCAUGAGAGAUCAUCAGGUGUGUUGUGGGAAAUUAUCCAAUUUGCAAAUAAUAUUCCAUCGUCGAGUGUUUGUGGGGUAAUAAAGUGAGCGUCGGAGCAGUACUCUUCUAUGUCACUGGGUGGCAGCAGACGGCGAAUUGCUUUAAAAAAAAUGAAAACAGAGAGAGACUGAGAGCUGUUGAGCUUAGUGUGUGGGCCAGGGCUCACACUGAGUGAGUAUAAAUAGAAACUAUAUUACUAACUAUAUUGUAAGGAUGAUCCGAAAAUGGCCAAAAAGGGCAUUUUUGGUUUUCGGCCGAAACACUUUUCUCACCGAAACAGAUGCCGUGAUGACGUGAGCAAAAACCAGUAUGCGCUUGUCUAGAUAGAGCCAAAAUGUCUGCGAUGUCGAUGUAUCUCUGAACUACAAAUAGCGAUUGGCAUAGCCUGGGGGUGCAUCUGCAAAGAGUUUCUUUACAUCUGGUUUAAUUUAUCACCUGAUAUCCAAACAUCCCAAUCACCAUUCUGAAUAUGAAAUGAACAUGAACGCGGCAUGGAACGGGAAAAUCCCUCCGAGCAUGCCCACACUGGGGGAAGAUUCACUUCUUAUUGAUUUAACAGAAAUCAACAUUGCAGACUCACGCUCAGCUCCCACUCUUGGCUGCUUAAAAGUGAACAUACUGACACUACCUCUUCUUCUAGCCGCGUCUCUACCGCUCACAACAGAUUUUGAGUUGUUUUUGUCCCUGACUCACAGGCGCCAUCUAAAGGUGUAAACCACUCAGGACAUGCAGCAACAUGCUGACUCAAAACCUCAAAACUUACUUUGCAAUUGCAUAAAUUAAUAUCAAUUUAAUAUUUAACAUUAAUUAAUAUUGAUUUAUACAAUUGCAAUGCCUUGAUUUUAUUGACAUUAGAACACAGUCAUAGCUGUAACUACAAAGGCACUAAUAAUUGGUAUAUUAAUUUAUUUCGGUUUCGGCCUCGGUUUCCUCGGUGCAUCCCUGCAUUCUAUAAUAUAUCCUGUGUUAGGCUAUAGAGUGUCAUUUUGGUCGGUGGUGUGCCUCAGGAUUUUGUCAAUGUAAAAAAUGAGCCGUGGCUCAAAAAAGGGUUGAAAAACACUGGUAUAUAUGAUGUCAUGUGGAGUAAACCAAACUCUCUCUUCCCUUUAGUCUCAUGUGUGUACCUCUGGUUUGGUCACAGUGCAGCUGAAACCAAUAAUACGCUGCAGUCGCACCGUUACAGUCUGCUCUCCAUCUGGAUUCCUCAGCAGAAGGAGGGGCAGGAGGCAGAGGAGAAGAAGAAGAAGAGGGGGGCGAGUUAA